AUAACCCAGUAUUGUUUAGGAGUACAAUCAUGGAGUAUAGUAGAAUUGGUACUUAACUUUUAAAAAGGUUCUACAGUAGUAAAAUGCCUUAUCAUUAUCUAAAUCAAAGCCACCCAGUCCGACCAACAAACCAAAAGAGCUUUAAUCACUUCAACAAAGUUUUAGCUCAAUUAUUAUUCCUCAAAGUACUCAUCCGAGCAAAGAAACCAAAACAGCUUCAAAACUAUACAAAAGAUAUUUGCACUUCGUCUUUCAGAUCUCAGUUUUCAACCUCUUCUUAUUUUUGUUUUAUUAAUCUGUCUUUCAGUUUUUUGUUUUGUUAUUUUUCCAUUCAUAUAAAAAAAAAAGAAAAAAGAAAACUAGAAAAAGUGAAGUAAAAUGAUCUCAUAUAUUUAUUUUUCUGCAUUUUUUUAAUUGGCUCUGUUGAUUUGAAAGGUUGGAGAGUUUGUUGAACAAGUAGUUGGAGAUCAUCAUUUAGUUAGUUUCUGCUUUUUGAAGUCGUCGUUGUAGAACGCACCGUCAAUCAACAGUACUCAUCAAUAGCACCACUUGUUUUGUUGAUUCAAGAUCAACUCAAUGGAAAUUCUAACUUCCAUUGUUGGAAAAGUAGUAGAUUAUACUGUUGCGCCUAUUGGACGUCAAGCAAGUUACUUGAUAUUCUACAAAGGCAAUUUUAAGAUGUUAGCGGAUAAUGUCAAUGACCUCCAGGCUGCAAGAGAAAGAGUAUUUCAUUCGGUUGAAGAAGAAAGGCGAAAUGGUAAAGAAAUUGAAAGAGAUGUGGUGAACUGGUUGGAGAAAGUGAACGAGGUAAUUGAAACUGCAAAUCAGCUUCAACAAGAACCUCGUCGUGCCAAUGUCAGGUGCUCAACAUGGGGGUUCCCCAAUUUGAUUUUGCGUCAUCAACUAAGUAGGAAAGCAACAAAAAUUGCACACGAUGUUGUCCAAGUUCACGGAAAAGGGAUGUUUGAUCGAUUUGGUUACCUUCCAAGCCUAGAUGGAGUAGCAUCCUCUUCCUCAACAAGAGGUAAUGAAAAGUAUGAGACAAGGGAGUCCCUUAAGGAGGAUAUUGUGAAGGCUCUAUCAGACCUCAAUUCACGCAACAUUGGGGUCUAUGGUUUGGGUGGGGUGGGUAAGACCACUCUGGUGGAAGAUGUUGCUCUAAUAGCAAAGCAACAUAAGUUGUUCGAUAAAGUGGUUAUAGCACAUGUAUCCAAAAAUCCAGACUUUAAAACCAUUCAAGGAGAGAUUGCAGAUUUGUUGGGUUUGCGAUUCGAUGAGGAGACAAUUUUUGGAAGAGCAAAUCGCCUAAGACAAAGAAUCAAGAUGGAGAAAAGUAUCCUUGUCAUUCUAGAUAAUAUAUGGACCAUGCUUGAUUUGAAGGAAGUGGGAAUCCCAUUUGGUAAUGAACAUAAUGGAUGCAAAUUAUUGAUGACAAGUAGAAAUCAAGAUGUGUUGGUGCAAAUGGAUGUUCCAAAGAAUUUCACUUUCAAACUUGAACUUAUGAGUGAAAACGAGACAUGGAACUUGUUUCAAUUUAUGGCUGGGGAUGUGGUUAAAGAUAAAAAUUUAAAAGAUGUAGCAUUUCAAGUUGCCCAAAAAUGUGAAGGUUUGCCUCUUAGGGUAGUGACAGUGGCACGUGCAAUGAGAAAUAAGAGAGACAUGCAAUCUUGGAAAGAGGUAUUGAGGAAAUUACAAUGUAAUGAUCAUAUAGAGAUGGACGGGUUAACUUAUUCUGCUUUGGAAUUGAGUUACAACUCGUUGGAGAGUGAUGAAAUGAGGGAUCUCUUCCUUCUUUUUGCAUUAAUCAAAGGUGAAAAUGUAGAGUACUUUCUGAAAGUUGCAAUGGGUUUGAAUAUAUUAAAGUAUGUUAAUACCAUGGAUGAGGCAAGAAACAAACUUUACACAAUAAUCAGAGCUUUGGAGGAGACUUGUCUUUUGCUUGAUGUUAAAACAGGUGGGAAUAUCCUAAUGCAUGAUUUUGUUUGUGAUUUUGCUACCUUCAUAGCAUGUAGGGACAAACAUGUAUUUCUAAGAAAACAGUCAAAUGAAGAAUUGCCAACCAAUGCUUUUUUAAAUAGGUGCAUGCAGAUUGUUCUACGACAGUGUCAUAUCCAGGAGCUUCCACGAACGAUUGUUUGUCCAAACAUUAAGUUGUUCUUUUUGUCUAGUAAGAACCGAUCUUUAAAGAUCCCCGAUACUUUUUUUGAGGGGUUGGGCAGCCUUAGAGUGCUAAAUUUAACAUGUCUGAACUUGUCUUCAUUACCCACCUCAUUUCGGUUCCUACCCGACCUUAAAACCCUGUGUUUGGAUUUCUGCAUUUUGGAAAAUAUGGAUGCAAUAGAAGGUCUGCAAAAUUUAGAAAUUCUUCGCAUUUGGAAAUCAUCUAUGAUCAAGUUCCCGAGAGAAAUAGGGAGAUUGACUCAAUUGAGAAUGCUUGAUUUGAGCAAUUCAGGAAUUGAAGUACUCCCAUCCAAUAUUUUAUCAAGUUUGAUUAAAUUGGAGGAGUUGUACAUGGGCAAUACCUCUAUUAAUUGGGAAGAUGUGAAUUCAACCGUUCAAAAUGGAAAUGCUAGCAUUGCUGAGCUUCAUAAACUACCCAACUUGACUGCUCUAGAAUUACAAAUUCGAGAGACUUGGAUGUUGCCAAGUGACAUUCAAUUGAUGUUUGAGAAGCUGAAUCUUUUUAAAAUUGCUAUUGGAGAUGUAUGGGAAUGGGCAGACAUUAAGGAUGGAACCUUAAAAACAUUGAUGCUCAAACUUGGUACCAACAUACAUUUAGAGCACGGAAUUAAAGCAUUGAUUAAAGAUGUUGAGAAUUUGUACUUGGAUGAUGUUGAUGGAAUUCAUAAUGUGCUAUAUCAACUAAAUGGGAAAGGAUUUCCAUUGCUGAAACAUCUUCGCGUCCAAAAUAAUGCAAACAUGAAGCACAUUGUUGACUCGAAAGAGAGGAAUCAAAUCCAUGUGUCCUUUCCCAUCUUGGAAACACUAGUACUUCACAAUCUUAAAAACUUGGAGCAUAUAUGUCAUGGUCCACUUUCAAUUACUUCUUUUGGAUGUCUUAGUGUUAUCAAAGUCAAAAAUUGUGUCCAAUUAAAAUAUCUUUUCUCCUAUACAAUGGUUAAAGGACUUUCCCACCUUUCAGAAAUUGAAGUCUGCGACUGCAAUUAUAUGAAGGAGAUAGUGAUCGAAGACAUCAAUUCAAGUGCAAAUAAUGAUACAGCUAAUGAAAAAAUUGAUUUUCUUCUAUUGCGUUCUUUGACUUUAGAACAUUUGGAGACAAUUGAUGAUUUCUUCUCUUAUUCUUCGACGGUUUCCAGAAGUAAGCAAAAUUAUCAUGGUUUAGAGCCUGAUGUUUCUGCUCCUUUUUUCAAUGCUCAGGUUGCAUUUCCUAAUUUGGAUACCCUCAAAUUAAGCUCACUCCUGAAUUUGAAUAAAAUUUGGGAUGACAAUUAUCAUUCAAUGUACAACUUGACAAGCUUGAUUGUGGAUAAUUGUGGCGGGUUGAAAUACUUAUUCUCAUCUACUGUGGUUGGAAGUUUUAAGAACCUCAAACACCUUGAAAUAAGUAAUUGUGCUAUGAUGGAGGAGAUUAUAACUAAAGAAGAGGGAAACAGUGCAUCAGAAGAGGUUCAGUUUUGCAAAUUAGAGAAAAUCAUAUUGAAGGACAUGGAGAACUUGAAGACAAUAUGGCACCGGCAAUUUGAAACUUCGAAGAUGUUGCAAGUGAAGAAUUGUAAUAAAAUUGUGGUGGUUUUUCCCUCUUCAAUGCAAAAAAGAUAUAAUAAGCUAGAGAUGUUGGAGGUUACAAAUUGUGCUUUAGUGGAAGCAAUAUUUGAACUGAGCUUCAAAGAAAGUACCAGUGUAGAAGAUACAACCCAUUUGAAAGAAGUUACUAUAGAUGGAUUGCCGAAGCUAAAAAAGAUAUGGAGUGGGAAUCCUGAAGAAAUUCUUAGUUUCCAAAAUCUAAUAAAUGUAAAACUAAAAUUUUGUGCAAGCUUGGAGUAUCUAUUACCACUUUCCGUAGCCACUCGUUGCUCACAUCUCAAGGAACUUCAUAUAAUAGACUGUGGAAACAUGAAGGAAAUUGUUGCAGAGGAGAAAGAAUCUAGUGUGAAUGUAGCUCCCAUAUUUGAGUUAAAUCAACUGAGUACUUUAUUGCUUUGGUAUUUAGGUAAACUCAAGGGUUUCUAUGCUAAAAAGCAUACCGUAUCAUGUCCAUCUUUGAAUGACAUUGAUGUCGUUCAUUGUCCAAAGUUGAAUUUGUACAGACCUCUAUCUACAAGAAGCUCCAAUCGUCAAGAUGACAACCUCUUUGUUAUAACGCAAGAACCACCUUUCAUUGUCGAAGAGGUGAUUCCAAAUUUGGAAAAGUUGAGAAUAGAUUGUAAGGAAGCUAACAUGAUAUUGCAAGCCCAAAACUCAAGUGGCCUAUUCACAAAGAUGGCAUCUCUUCGUUUGUCUUCUUAUAAGAAUGAAGAUAUUCAAUUUCCUUACCGGUUUCUACAAAAUGUGCGCAGUCUUGAGUAUUUAUGUGUUGAACAUAGUUGCUUUAAGAAGAUAUUCCAAAAUGUGAGGAAGGAUUUCAUUGGUUGCACAAAAAUUAAACGGUUGUCAUUGGUUGCAUUACCUAACCUUGAACAUAUAUGUGAGGAAGGAUUUCAAACUGACUCAGUUCUUGAGUUCCUUGAUUUCUUAUGGGUUUAUAGUUGUUCUAGUCUGAUAAAUUUGCUGCCUUCCUCAGUCACCUUUACUCAUUUGGUAUAUUUAGGGAUAAAAGAUUGCAAUGGGCUAACAAAAUUAAUUACAUCUCUUACCGCACAAAGUUUGAACAAGCUCGUAACACUAAAGAUAGAAGACUGUGCUUCACUUGAAGAAAUAAUUAUUGCAGAGGAAAACAUUCACAUUACAUUUAUUAGUUUACAAAUAUUGAUGUUGGAAUGUUUGCCUAGCCUCAAUCAGUUUUGCUCCAGUAAGUGCUUCUUCAAAUUUCCAUUGUUGGAAGUAGUAAUUGUGAGAGAAUGUCCCCGCAUGAAGGUUUUUUCUGAAGGAUACACAAGUACACCAAAUCUUCAAAAAGUUAAAACUGCAGAAAAUGAUGAAGAAUGGUUUUGGAAGGGAAACCUAAAUGAUACAAUAACCAGCAUGUUUGAAGAUAAGGUUGCAUUUCGUAAAUUCAAAUAUUUGGCCUUAUCUGACUACCCUGAGAUGAAGGAUUUGUGGUAUAGUGAAAUUGAACAAAAUGUAUUUUGCAAUUUGAAACAUCUAGUGGUGCACAGAUGUGAUUUUUUAUCACAUGUACUUUUUCCAUCAAAUGUGAUGCAAGUGCUAUAUGGAUUGGAAGAACUAGAAGUGAGAGAUUGUGAUUCAUUAGAAGCAGUGUUUGAUGUGAAAGGUAUGAAGUCUAAAGACACAUUGGUGAAACAAAGGACUCAAUUGAAAAAAUUGACUUUGUCUAGUUUACCAAAAUUGAAGCAAAUAUGGAAUGAGGAUCCUCAUGAAAUUAUAAACUUUGGAAACUUAUGCAUGGUGAAAGUUUCUAAGUGUCAAAGUUUGUUAUAUAUAUUUCCAUUGUCACUAUGUGAAGAUCUUGUACAUCUUGAAAAGCUUGUGAUAGACUCUUUCGGAGUUGAGGAAAUUGUUGCAAUGGGAGAAGGAUCAAUGGAACAUAGCUUUACUUUUCCUCAAUUGAAUAAAUUGCGACUAAUUAGUUUGAAAAAUCUUACGAGCUUCUACCGUGGAAAGCAUUCUCUAGAUUUGCCUUCAUUAAAGGAACUUGAAGUAUCUCGUUGUGCCUUCAACCAUUUGGAAUUGUUUUCUAUUGAAAAGUUGAGUCGCAACUUGGAGGAAUUGACAAUAAAUCGUACAGAUUUGUUGGAAGUGUUGAAUCAAGAACAUAUCUUUGAAAAAGUCCAAACUCUAUAUUUGCGAUACUUGGAUGAAACUCCUACAACUUUUUUGAAUAAAUAUUCUCACACAAUAUUUCCUAAUCUUGAUACAUUAUGUGUGCGUCAAAGUUAUAUUGGAACAUUAUUCUCCGCUACUAGUUAUCCCAGAAUGCAAAUUUCAAAGCAAAUAAAAACUUUGAUGCUUUCUGAAUUGGAAAUGCUCAAGCACAUCUGGCAAGAAGACUUUCCAUUGGACUAUCUUUUGUUACAAGAUCUUCGUGAAUUAUAUGUACGGAAUUGUCCACGUUUGAUAAGCUUGGCACCAUCGUCAACAUCUUUCACAAAUUUAACUACUUUGGUAGUGGACAGUUGCAAGAAGCUGAAUUAUUUGAUGACAUCUUCAACAGCUAAAAGCUUAAUUCAACUCAAAAUAUUGAAAAUAAUGAAUUGUAAGAAGAUGUCGGAUGUUGUGAAUAUUGAUGAUGAAAAAGCGGAUGUUGUGAAUAUUGAUGAUGAAAAAGCAGAUCAGGAAGACAUCAUAUUUGAAAACUUGGAAGUCAUGGAAUUAACUUCUUUGUCAAGUUUGAGAAGCUUCUGCAAUGGGAAUCAAACAUUCAUAUUCCCAUCUUUGCAAUCUCUCACUGUUCAAGAAUGCCCUAAAAUGGAGAUCUUCUCAUCAGGAGUCACGGUAGCACCAUAUUUGACAGAAAUUGAAGUGGUAGAAGGAACUAUGCGAUGGAAAGGUGACAUUAACACAACUAUUCAACAUUUAUUCUUAGAAAAGUUGAGCCACAACCGGGAUUAUUUGAAGAUAAAUGGCACAGAUGUGUUGGAAAUAUUGAAUCAAGAAAAUAUCUUUCCAAAUGUUCGAAUUCUUGAUUUGCAAUACUUCGAUGAAACUCCUACUACUUUUCUGAAUGAAUAUUGUCAUACAAUGUUUCCUAAUCUUGCAACAUUUGUUGUGCAUAAUAGUUCUUUUGAGACAUUGUUCCCAAGCACUACCGGUUAUCUAAGUAUGCAAAUUUCAAUGCAAAUAAAAGCUUUAACUCUUCGUGAAUUGGAAAGUCUCAAGCACAUAUGGCAAGAAGACUUUCCAUUGGAGCAUCCUCUGUUAAAAGAUCUUCAUGAAUUAUAUGUGUUUAAUUGUCCGAGUUUAAUAAGCUUGGUACCAUCGUCGACAUCUUUCACAAAUUUAACCUGUUUGAUGGUGUUCGAUUGCAAAGAGCUGGUAUAUUUGAUAACAUCUUCAACAGCUAAAAGCUUAAUUCUACUCAGAACAUUAAAAAUAAGCAAUUGUGAGAAGAUGUCGGAUGUUGUGAAGAUUGAUGAUGAAAAAGCAGAUCAGGAAGACAUCAUAUUUCAAAACUUGGAAGCCAUGGAAUUCCUUUCUUUGUCAAGUUUGGGAAGCUUCUGCAAUGGGAAUCAAACUUUCAUAUUCCCAUCUUUGCUAUGGCUCACUGUUAAAGAAUGCCCUCAAAUGGAAAUCUUCUCAUCAGGAGUCACAGUAGCACCAUGUCUAAGAGGAAUUAAAGUGGCAGAAGAAACUCUUCGAUGGAAAGAUGACAUUAACACAACUAUUCAGCAUUUUUUCCAAGAAAAGAAAGCCCAACGUUCUAAUGCGCUGAAUGAGACCAUCAUAUCCUCACAUUUGCAAGGUCACAUCAUGCGGUCAGACUCAGACUCUGAGGAGUGACCAAAAUGCCAUAGUAGCAAAACAAUGAUAUAGUUUUCCUUAAUUAGUUUAUGUCGUCAUUGUUUUUCUUGUUUGGUUGUGUUAUUUUGGUUUUAAGGGUCGACACUGAGAUUAUAAGACUUUGGUGUUAGAUUCUAUUAUGCUUGAUUUAUUUUCAUUUCAACAAUUUGUUAGUGAUUUCUUUUAGAUUGUUGUCAUUGUUGUGCACUCUUUUUUUCUUUACUAGGUUUUAUCUCACUGGAUUUUACUAGUAAGGUUUGUAAUGAGGCAAAAACAAUUCAUAUUAUUUAUUUCGAGUUUUGGUCUAAUCCUCUAAAAUUUGUAUCUUCUUCUCUUUUUGUAUUAGUUAAUAAAAUUUAGGUUAACUUACACUUUUGGCACUCUAAGUUUCACAAACUUGCGAUUUUGACUUUCUAAUUUUCAAAAUAACAGUUUUGGCCCCCUAUUUUAUCCCUUUUGCAAAAUAUCAAUUUUGACCAAGUCGCUGCUGACGUGGCGAGUCACUUAAGUGACUCAGCUGCCACGUCAUGCCACCUAAUAAAUAACAAUAAAAAAUAAAUAGAAAA